AUGCCUCCCCAGAUAUAUCAUCACAAACCCGCCCGGCCACACCACAGCAGCUUAACUAUACCCUGCGAGAAUUCUCAGUGCAACCGCUGGUUUCGCAGUGUCUCCGGUUUGAAAAAACAUGUGCGCUCUUGUCAUGUCAGCGCCCCCAGCCAUCCACUUCCUCCUGAGCACCCAGCACUUUCACCACCAGCUGAAAACGAACUAGAAAGCAACUUCGAACCAUUUGACGGACAGGAUGAGCAAGAAAAUCCGCUAUCCAAUGAGCCAUUAGAAGAUCAGGCUCAAUGUGAGAUUGAAUACCAUCCUUUUCUAGAUGGACGGCCUUGUGAUGAAAACGGGAACUUUCUACCUCCUGGAGCAAAACCUGUACUACCCGAAACCCCGUCAACCAAUGAUUGGUCCCCAUACCGGGAUCGUGUUGAGUUUGAGACGGCGGAACUCCUCUACAAAAAGGUACAGAUGUCUGGGGGAGAUAUUAAUGCCCUUGUAGAUCUGUGGAGGGCCUCGUUCAUCAAAAAUGGUCUGGCUGAUGAAGAUGUCCCUUUUGCAAACAAGGACGACUUGUACCGAGUAAUUGACUCGACUUCCGGCAGUGACGUGCCAUGGGAGUCUUUCUCUCUCUCAUAUAAUGGCGAGCUUCCCGAAGAAGACCCCCCAGAGUGGAUGAAACAGGAAUUUGAUGUUUGGUUUAGGAGUCCGCAUGCCAUCAUUCAAAACAUGCUAUCUAAUCGAGACUUCUGUGGUGAAACCAAUUUCAUGCCUUACCGGAAGUUUAGCAAGAAGGGAGAGCGAGAAUAUAAAGACUUCAUGUCAGGGGAGUGGGCCUGGAAGCAGGCCGACAAGAUCUCCGUGGAUCCAACAACCCAUGGCUCAUCAUUCGUGCCUGUUAUUCUAGGCAGCGAUAAGACCACAGUGUCAGUUGCGACAGGCCAAAAUGAAUAUUAUCCAGUGUAUAUAUCCAUUGGAAAUGUUCACAAUAAUGUCCGACGAGCACACAGGAAUGCUGUUGCAUUGCUGGGCUUUCUGGCCAUUCCAAAGACUGAGAAGAAGUAUGCAAAUGACGUCAAGUUUCGCAAGUUUCGCCGACAGUUAUUCCACACCUCCCUGGCUCGCAUUCUUCAAGAUCUCAAACCCGGGAUGCUAGUUCCGGAGGUUCUACGAUGCACUGACAUGCAUUUUAGGCGUGUUAUCUAUGGUAUUGGUCCAUACAUAGCUGAUUAUCCGGAGCAGGCUCUUCUUGCAUGUAUAGUUCAAGGGUGGUGUCUCGGUAACUGUAUUGCCUGGCCUAACAAUCUUGAUGGCGAAGGUGGUCGGCGCUCAGAAGAUCACACAGAGGUUCUUGCAAACUUCCUCAGUCCAGUGGUUUUGUGGGACCAAUAUGGUAUUGUUAGCGACAUAGUACCAUUCACACAUGAUUUCCCUCGUGCCGACAUACAUGAAAUUCUGGCUCCUGAUCUUCUUCACCAAGUCAUCAAAGGUACUUUUAAGGAUCACCUUGUGACUUGGGUAGAGGAUUACCUCCAUCUAACAUAUAGCAAGAAGCGGGCUGACGAGAUUUCGGAUGACAUUGACCGACGGAUUGCAGCAGUUCCCUCGUUUCCUGGCCUUCGACGAUUUCCUCAAGGCCGUGGAUUCAAGCAGUGGACCGGCGACGAUUCAAAGGCUCUCAUGAAGGUGUACCUCCCCGCUAUUGAAGGGCAUGUCCCCCCAGACAUAAUACGCACAUUCCAGGCUUUUCUCGACUUCUGUUACUUGGUACGGCACGAUACUCACAGUGACAGCACCAUCCAGAAAGUGCAAGAUGCCGUCAAGGAUUUCCACCACAGCCGCACCAUUUUUGAGACACUAGGUGUCCGACCAACAGGGUUCUCUCUCCCACGACAGCAUUCACUACAACAUUAUCCAUGGCUCAUUCGAAUGUUUGGGUCUCCAAACGGCCUCUGUUCGUCAAUAACGGAAUCACGACACAUUACGGCUGUAAAAGAACCAUGGCGCCGGUCAAGCAGAUUUGAAGCACUUGGUCAGAUGUUGCUGAUCAACCAGAGGCUCGACAAACUUGCGGUCUCUAGGGUGGACUUUACAGCCCGUGGGAUGCUUUCAGGCAGUAUCCUAGACUAUGUAAAGAAUUAUCACAAUGAUGCAAUGGAGGCUACAAGAGCUCUGGAUACAAGAGCGGAGCACCACAACACCGAAGACAACAACAACGGGGAUAGUGGGCCGGUCCCAGGUCCAUUGACACCUGGCUAUGUCAAACCAUCGGUUCGCCGUUUGCGUCAAUAUUCAACAAACUGCCACAAACUCAGUGUGCAGCUCAACCAACCCCGCCUUGUUGAGUUACUCCGGCGCUUCCUUUACAGCCAAGCGCACAUGAACAACCAUGACGCGCCCUCAGCCUUUAAUAUACCCCUGCACCAAUGCCCCAUGUUCAAUUCGAGGGUAGUUGCGACGCACUCGGCAGUCGCAUAUUUCUAUGCGCCAAGCGACUGCAGUGGAAUCGGUGGUAUGCGCCGAGAAACAAUUCGUGCCACGCCUUUGUGGCGAAAGCAUGCGGCUCGUUACGACUGUGCUUUUGUCGAGCGCGAUCCUUCAAUUCCAGGAAUCCGAGGACUCGAUGUCGUUCGCAUUUUUGCAUUCCUUUCUUUCUCACAUGAUAAUACUACUUAUCCAUGUGCUCUUAUACAGUGGUUCUCUCAUAUUCUGGAUGAGCCUGAUGAACUCACUGGGUUGUGGAAGGUCCAGCCUGAUACAAAUGACGAUGGAUCACCCAGUCUCGAAAUUAUUCAUUUAGACUGUAUCUUUCGUAGUGCACAUCUCAUGCCUGUAUUCGGCGAUUAUGGUCAUCGGUUCAUCCCAUCUGACAUUGAUUUCACUAACUCACUAGAUAAAUUUCCUACGUUCUACAUUAAUAAAUAUAUAGACCAUCAUGCCUUCGGACUUAGCCAAGGAUGAUUCAUAACUUGUCAAACUUGAUUUUAUACUUCAUGUACUUGGACCACGCUUGGAUAACACUUUGCUCAAAAUGUCUGAAUGCUUCUACUUAGACCAGCCUACGUGUCUAAAUGAAGUUGAAGUCUUGAAAGUCAGCAAAGCGUGACCAAGUUCCGUCAAGAAAUUUGACACUUUACUGAUGAACGCACGCUUUCAUAUCAUGUCAAGUGAUACUCCAACAACAACGUCGAAUGGUUGCUUUUGAACACGUCUCCUCUAAAAUACGAUGCCAAGUUGAGACCUUGAGGUUCAACACACAUCGGUAUCUGCUAUACGUAUACAAGGGUGAUCGUGGCUUGCGUGAUGCGUCUGUUUUUGUCCGCCUCAUAAUCUGUGAGUUUCAUCUUUGUUCGGCCUCCACGGCGCUGGUAUUGUCCACUCGGACAGUAUUUGAUAUCUUGUAAAAGG